UCCCCCUCUAUUUCGCGCAGCUAGAAAUUUCAGGGCACCAUCGUUCCACGCAUAAAAAUAAUCAGCAGAACUCAAUACGGGUUAAAGCUAGUUUGCACCAUCAGAUUUCAUUUUUAAACCUAUUUGAUUCUGAAGGACUUUAAAUAUUGACUUCAGCUGGGAAUCUCAAAAUCAAUCUCAUUGAAGAAGAGGCAUAGCUGGAUUUUGUUGGAAACCUUUAAUUUUCUUAUCAUUUCCAAAGAAGAAACACAGACGGCCCAAUCAUAAUCUAUCUAGGAAGAAGAAAAAGGAGUGGCUAUGGAAUUCAUCCCGGAGAUUGCCAGGACUGCAUGGACUUACAUCAACCCUAGAAGCCUUGAAGAGAAACUUGAUCUUCUGAGAACCGAAAUGCAGGAGUUGGGUAGCCGGCAGACCAAUGUAAUUAUUGCACUCAACACAGCCAAGGUAAAGGAUGGAAAGAAGCCAAAGGCAGAGGUGAGUUUAUGGCUGAAAAAUGUGGAAAAGAUUACAAGCCAAGUGACUGAGAUAGAAGAGGAUUGUAAAGUAAGGAAAGAUUUCUUAAGCUCACGUGUAGCAUUGGUAAAUCUUGUCAUGAAGAAGAUUGAAGAGGUGAUAAAGCUUAAGGAGAAAGGUCGAUUUUCAGAAGGGUUACUUGUUGAUCUAUUACCUGAAAUGGGAAUUAUACCGACGACGAAACUGGUGGGCGCAAUGACAGCUAAAAGAAAUUUGGAAUGGAUUUGGGAGUCAUUGAUGAGUCAUGAGGCCAAAAUUAUUGGUGUCUAUGGCAUGGGGGGCGUUGGCAAGAGGACCAUCAUGACCCACAUCUAUAAUAGAAUAAAAAGCUCCGGAAUAUUUGACAUUGCUAUUUGGGUAACGGUUUCAAAUGAUUCUAGUAUUGAAAGACUGCAAAAUGGUAUUGCACAAGUAAUAAGAUUGGAUCUUUCCAAUGAACACGAUGAAAUGAUAAGGUCCAUUAAAUUGUCCGAGGCUUUGAAGCGUUGGGAGAAGCUCGUUGUCAUCUUUGAUGAUGUGUGGAAUUCAUUUCCGUUGGAAAGGGUAGGGAUUUCCAAGGACAAGGCAUGCAAAAUAAUAUUGACUACUCGAUCAAAAAUUGUGUGCCGAGGCAUGAACUGCCAAAAAGAGAUUGAAGUAGAGGUUCUCUCGACAGAAGAAGCAUGGGAAUUGUUUAAGGAAAUACUUGGGGUUAAUGCGAUGCUUUCUUUGGAUGUAGAACAGAUUGCGAAGCUUGUCACUAAAGAAUGUGCUGGUUUGCCGCUUGGAAUCAUUACAGUAGCAAGUGCAAUGAGAGAAAAGAAUGAUAUUAGAGAAUGGAGAAAUGCAUUAGAGGAGUUACAACACUCAACGAUGGAUAUUGAAGGCAUGGAUGAUAAAGUUUUUCGAAUUUUGAAAUUUAGUUACGAUCGAUUAAAAAGUGAGAAGAUUCGAUCUUGUUUCUUGUAUUGUGCUUUGUUUCUAGAGGACUACCGAAUUGUUGAUGAAGAGCUAGUAAAUUAUUGGAUGGGAGAGGGAUUGAUGGAUAUGGGAGACUGGGAAACGGAAGUCGACAAAGGCCACACAAUAUUAAAUGGACUGAUAGAUGUAUGUAUGUUGGUGAGGUCUGAUAAUCAUGUAGUAAUGCAUGAUUUAAUCAGAGAUUUGGCUAUCGGAAUUACAAGGAAGAGCCCUCGGUUUGUGGUCAAGGCUGGGAUCCAAAUAAGGGGAUUAAUUGGUAUAGAAGAAUUCCCUGAAGAUGCUGACAGAAUAUCAUUUAUGAGAAAGAAGAUUAAAAUGCUUUCAGGCGAACCAAACUGCCGAAAACUCUCCACAUUGUUGUUGAGAGAGAACCCUCUCUCAGGCAACAUUUCUCAUGAGUUCUUCAAUCGCAUGAACAGCCUCAGAGUUCUCGACCUCUCUGACACUCUGAUUAAGUAUUUGCCAGAAUCAGUUUCAAACUUGGAGAACCUGCAUGCACUCUUACUAAAUAAUUGUAGAAGGUUGAGGAAGGUACCGUCGUUAGCAAAGCUCAAGCGUCUAAGAAUUUUGAACCUCUCUGAAACUCAGAUUGAGUAUUUGUCGUUAGCAAAGCUCAAGCAUCUAAGAAUUUUGAACCUCUCUGAAACUCAGAUUGAGUAUUUGCCAGCAUCAGUUUCAAACUUGGAGAACCUGCAUGCACUCUUACUCAAGGGUUGUGGAAGGUUAAAGAAGGUACCGUCCUUAGCAAAGCUGAAGCGUCUAAGAAUUUUGAACCUCUCUGAUACUGUCAUCAAAGAAGUGCCAGAUGGUAUGGAAUGUUUGGUUAACCUUAAAGAGCUUUAUGUUUCGUCUUCUGGCAUGAGAAAUGUUGUUAGAUGUAAUUCAUUAGUGCUUCCUGAUAGUAUUGUCAAGUUGCAGAUGGAGGGAUGCGAUCUGUCAAGCUUACCCUGCCUCUCUCACUUGCAACGCUUACAGAAAUGUAACAUCUCGUUCUGUAGCAUGGAGUGGUUGUUGCCAAUAAGAGACGACAGCACCAUAAAGUCUUUACCCUCAAUACAGAAACUGUCUCUAGAAGUGCUUCCGAAUUUGAGGGGUCUGUCUGAGGGAGUCUUGCUACCUGGCUCAUUCGCAUGCCUCACACACAUGUAUGUCAUAGGAUGCAAAGUAUUGGAGAAUCUCAUGUCACUUGAAUUGUUUCAGCACCUCCGAUGCCUGGAACAAAUCAGUAUUAUAGGAUGCAGUGAGAUGGAGGAGGUGAUAAAAGGAGGAGAAGAAGCGAUGGUUGAAGAAAAAGGUCAUAACAAAAACAAUAACAAUACCAUCCUAAUCCCAAACCUGAGGGAGUUGUAUUUGAGACAUUUAGGGAAACUGAAAAGCAUUUGUAAGCAGGUAAUCAUUUGCCCUUCCCUGAAAAGGAUUGAUAUAGAAGGUUGUCCUCGGCUGAAGAAGAUCCCUCUUUCCUUGGGCAACUCAACAUCUGGUGUGCGUGGAUCGAUCCAAGGAAGCAAAGAAUGGUGGGAUGCAUUGGCGUGGGAUGAUCCCAACAGCAAAACACUCCUACGUCGUUUCCAAGAAGUAGAAGAAGAAGACGAAGAAGAUGAAGAUCGAAAAGGAGGAGGAGGUGGAAUGAAAAGAAGAGCAGAAGAAGAUUUAGAAGAGGUUGCUUCGACGUCACGGCAGCGGUUAUCUCCUCAUUAGGAUGGACUUUGGAUUUUUAUUUUAUUUUGUUUGUAAAUUUGGUAUUUUAAAUUUCAAACGAGUACCGUUGAGAAAUGUAUUGUUAGUAAGAAUGGAUUGUGUUCUUCUUCUUCUCUCCGUGUGCUUAUGUAUUAUUAGUGAUUAGCAUAUGGAUGUAUUAUUGGAGUUUACCCAUCUAAUAACAGGUAAAGCAUUUUUGUGUGAGACAAACUCUAUAUAUAUCAAAUCCAUACCAUUUUUGUGUCA